UCAUUCAAUUUUUUGAAGGACUACAUUAGAAGUAAAAACAAAAAAUAAUUUGAUAAUCAAAGAAAAUGAAGAUCCUGCCAUUAGCUAUAAAAAUAUAAAGAUCCAUGACAAAACUACCGAAUCUACAAAUCAUAUAAGAAAAUGCAGACAUUACGGAUCUGUGAAUGGGAAUGUCCAACGACAGGUUUUCUGCAGAAACCUCUAACAGUGACUGGCAGGGCUUCCAAGCCAUAAAGCAUCGAUGGCGAGCGGCGGCUUGCGCUGAAGCUGCGCGCCGUUACCGGGACGACCAGAGAGGGCUGGACCAGCACUAUAGCGCGUUUCCAUAGGGAGAGGAAACGAGGGUUGCAAAGAGGAGGUGUGGGUAAACGCAGUGGUGUGCAUCCGGGGGAUAGGCCAUCGUCGAGAAUUUCACAGAGAUGGAGUUUCUGCAGAAUCAUCACGCGGUUAACACCUCCGAGCCGCCGUAUACCCUCGGCACAGGUUCUGUGGAUAGCAUCGAGGCAACUAUCUCAUCUAGCUUCUGUUCUGGAUCACUAGGGGUGCUUUCGUGCGCUGCUCUGCAGGGCACGCUGCGCUUGCAGGACCUGCAGAGUUCGCCAACUAAUAUCAGUGUUGACCAGAGCCAACAAUUUCCAACUUCUAGUCAGGUCGUGAGCGAAUUCGGUGGUAGCUUUUGGGUUGACGACAUGGCAGGUUUUUCUCUACCCCCGUUGGACCUGGACCCUUUGCCUCCAGGAUUGUUUAGUCCAUGCUCAGGAACGUACAACUGGGGCUGCUCACGUAGUGAAUGCGUGCCAAGGACGAACAAUGGUGCGAAUGGCGAGGGCGUUGCCGAUGUUCUUUUAUCCCUGAAGCAUGCGGUAGUACAUCCCGCAAGUCCGACGGCUGGCUAUUAUACCACUGGCGCCGGUUCCGCCGCAGCUCAUCAUUACUCGCAGGACUAUGUGCAAAAUUUAGGCCCGUCGGUUCCAGGUCCAGGUCACUACGGUUCUGCAUCCGCUGCCAUGUCUGUCAAUGUGUCGAUGAACAUGACUAUGAACAUGAAUAUGCAUUCUGGCUACGAACAAAGUUAUUCGUCAGCGUGGGGCGUGGAACCUCUUCUAAGUCCCGCCCCUCAGUACAGCAAUCCGGUGGAGGUGGCGGCGCAAACGACGGCGAGGGUGAAUCAAGGCGCGCCGACCAAUAGCGGUCUGAUCGGUCAUCCCCAUUCCCACCCCCAGUCACAUCACAGUGGUGGCCGAGUACAACUCGGGAGUGAACACACAAUUUGUGUAAAUACCACAGGUCCAGCCGCGGGCGGCAUCACCCUCGAAGAUAAUGGCAGACCCAAUCUGUGCAGAAUUUGCGGCAAAUCAUAUGCCAGACCUAGUACUCUCAAAACUCACCUGCGCACCCAUUCUGGAGAGAAGCCAUUCAGGUGUCACGCGUGCUCGAAGGCAUUUAGUCAAGCGGCGAACCUAACCGCGCACGCGAGAACGCAUUCUGGUGAAAAACCUUUCCGAUGUCCAGUGUGUGAUAGGAGAUUUUCACAAAGCAGUUCAGUAACCACGCAUAUGAGGACGCACUCAGGUGAACGGCCCUACAGGUGUCGAUUCUGCAAGAAAGCAUUCUCUGACAGCUCGACACUUACCAAGCAUCUGCGUAUACACUCCGGUGAGAAACCAUAUCAGUGUAAACUGUGUCUGCUUAGAUUCAGUCAAAGUGGUAAUCUCAAUAGGCACAUGAGAGUCCAUGGCGGUUCCCUGACGUGACACAAUCCUUCUGUACCAGUACAAUCUGCGAUGACGAUAAUUGACGACAGUAGUGCUGCACAUUCAUUGUCCAGAUGCUGUCGAAUACCUGUGAUUCGAUUAGGAACAAACUCGCCGGAAAAGUAAAACGCAGAAGCAACCUCCAAUAUAUAUUAUUUAGUCGAUAUCGGUUUAAUUUAUUAAUUUAAUACAUAUUUAAAAAACAACCUAAAUAAAAAAAUUGUUGCGAAUAAACAUGAGUAA